AACAAAAUUGUGCUCAUGACUAUGCGUUUUAAAGUACAAUAAAAGAAAUUGAAACAGAAACACUGGCUGAAAUAUUUUAAUAUAAUUUUAAUAACAAUUUUACUUUUUUUCAUUAUGAUGUUUGGACAACCGUAUCCCUCUUCAAUUGUAUCUUCGUUAAUAAUUACAUGGACCACAAUAGUGACAAUUGUAAUUAUGUUAUUUCAGACAAUAUCAUCUCAACGACCACCUUCGUUUCAUCCUAACAUCCCAGAGCAAUGCCGUCGUCCACCACAAGAGAGCGGAAAUCCAGAUGAAUGCUGCAAAAUUCCACCAAUCUUCCCAGAAGAACACUUUAAAGAAUGUGGCUUCGAGAAGUCAGGAAAAAAUCACCCGCCAAUUUUGCGGGGUCCUCCAGACUGUUCAAAGCAGCUGUGCAUACUCAGAAAGAAUGGUCUAUUAAAUGAUGAAGAUAAAAUAAAUUCCGAUGAAGCGAAAGAUUUUCUGGACAAGUGGGGGGACAGUAACACUGAUCUGAAAGCUGCGAUCGAAGUCGCGAAGGAAAACUGUUUGGACAAAGAACAUCUCCCAGGACCCCCUCACGUUUGUGAGGAAAAUAAAUUAUUCUUGUGUAUCAAAGCGACAUUAUUUAAUCAAUGUCCCGAUUCACCAGCGUGGGUCAAAACCAGUGCCUGCUCGAAGUUAAAAGAUCACAUGGAAGAUUGCGCACCAUUCUUUGCACCACCCAAGAAAUAACAACGAUAUACAUUACCAAUUAUUUCCGAUAUCAACAUAACAUUAUACAAUACAUAUUACAACAUAGUUUUAUUGGCAAUAAAAUUAUUUAUUACGA